AUAAUGGUAACUACUUACUUGAGCAUCUCUAAGUUACUCCAGAAAAGAAUAUGACCGCAGAAGGUAAUCGCAAGCCAUUUGUGUCCACCACACGAGGGCGCUGGCGAUGGCUUGUUGCUUAGUGUACAUAGGUUUUAGCCGUUUUGUUUAUAUGGCGUUGUAAGAUAAAGUUUGCAACUGUAACUAAGGUUUGCCAUUGUAUCUACAUCAAGUAACCAGCUGACGCGACGACCAAAGAAGACAGCGAGGGAACAGCAAUGUCAUUCAUAUUUGAUUGGAUAUACAGGGGAUUCAGCAGUGUGUUACAGAUAUUAGGAUUAUACAAAAAGAGUGGAAAGCUGAUUUUCCUUGGUUUAGACAAUGCUGGAAAAACAACAUUGUUGCACAUGCUUAAAGAUGACAGGCUCGUGCAGCAUGUUCCAACUCUUCAUCCAACUUCAGAAGAGUUGACAAUUGCUGGGAUGACUUUCACAACAUUUGACCUAGGUGGACAUGCUCAAGCAAGACGAGUUUGGAAGAAUUACUUACCUGCCAUUAAUGGAAUAGUCUACCUUGUGGAUUGUGCUGACCAUGAGCGUUUGCUUGAGGCCAAAGUUGAACUAGAUGCCCUGUUAACUGAUGAGACUAUCUGCAAUGUACCAAUCCUUAUUUUGGGAAAUAAAAUCGAUCGACCGGAGGCAAUCAGUGAGGAUUCACUGAGGGGAAUGUUUGGUUUACAUGGACACACUACUGGGAAGGGUAAUGUAUCACUGAAAGACCUGAACCUGAGGCCAUUGGAAGUGUUCAUGUGCAGUGUGUUAAAGAGACAAGGAUAUGGAGAUGGUUUUCGCUGGCUUUCUCAGUACAUUGACUAACUUAGUUUAAGUAUUGAUACUAUGAAACAGUUUGAAACCCUGAAUCCACUUAUUUAUUAAAGAUUUUGACUCUGGAUGAAAGAACUACUAACACAAGUGAAUAAUAUACAAAUUAGGUGGUUAUAAUGUAAAUUCUAUACAAAUUAAGAGCAUUAAUAUAUUUUAUCACUAAGGCUAGUAUAGUUAUGUAAUUUUGCACAGUCUUGUGUAAUUUCCCUAAGGUAAAGGAUUAAAGAAUUGUAUGGUAGCUGUUUCUCUCUUCCCCCCCCCCCCCCCCCCCAUACUACUCCAUUAGGGGUUUGCUGCUUUUUAUUAUUAAUACCUGUUUCCUUGCCAUGAAAAUGUGUAAUGUACCUGUAACAUUAACUUGGGGAGUGAAGUAUUGUAUAUGUGCCAUGAUACAUCCAUGUCAUAUGGAAAGACAGUAACAGCUAAAAGGAAGACACUACAAACUAAACUUUGACAUACAACUAUAUCAGCAUUUUACAACCUCUGCUUUUAAGCUGAUGAAGUAGUAUCAUUGCAUUUUAGGGUUUGCUCAGGGGGAAACACUAACACUGUGCUGUAUGCAUACAUAUCAAAAGCAGUUUCAAGUAUAUUAUUUCUGCAUGCAUAGUACUGCAGGUGAUGCAUCUGAUAUUUAAAUACAGAGUGAUUUUUUUUUUUCUUUUUUCUUUCCCUAAGGCAGCAGCCCUAUAGUAGUUACAGCAGUUUUUAGCCAGCAUGAGCCCACAUCGACCUGUUCCUGAAUGUUAAACUACCAAAUUUAUAUGUGCAAUAAGAAGUACUUUUUGACUAUCAGCUACUAUUUACAUGCAGUUGAUAUGAGGGUACGUAAAAAAAUAAAACACUUGUGCAAUA